ACUUUUUGCUGUUAAAUCCGUCACUACUUAACUUUACUCUGUGACUUCUUUUCAAUUAAGUCGCUCAGCAGCAGCAGCGCCACCACCAAGGCACCAACGCAUCUGGAUUGCUAAACACAUAAACAAUGAAGAGGAAACGUACGUAUAGGCCGCCAGCAAAGACGACACUUCGUAAUCCUUCUGCUGUAGUAGCGGAACCUGAAACCAGCCGCAGGUUUGUAUCUGACGGGAGAACAGACGAAAAUGUCACCUCUCAACAUAUGGAAACCGGACAUCUGAGCACUGGUACUGGCAUUAGGGGCAAACAAGCAGAUUUAGAGACUGAAAACAAUGUUAAUGCAAAUACGGAAAGUUAUCCGGAUGUAUUGGGUAAAAUGAUUGCCACCAUUAUUCGAGAGAUAUCCAAAGAUUCCGGUGGCAUAGGUAACUUGUCACGGAGCUUGGUAGCUAAUUCUGUCACUAAUGGACAAAUGGGGCAGUCCCAUGUGAAUCAAACCCGUCUACAUCAAAAUCCAGAAUUAAAUGCUUCCCUCGAAGUAUAUGGACAGAUGGGGCAAUCUGAUGUGAACCAAACUCGAGGACAUCAAACUCCAGAAUUGAAUGCUGCCCUUGAAGUGAUAAAAAAGACCAUGAAACUGGAUGCAGCUGCUCCGUUUAAUCAACCUGUUGAUCCUGUUGCACUUGGUAUACCUGAUUACUUUGAUGUUAUCAAGACACCUAUGGAUUUUGGUACAAUAUGCUACAACCUAGAGAAUGGUCUCAAGUACAUGAAUGAAACAGAAGUGUUUCAGGAUGUACAGUGUAUUUGGAACAAUUGUCUCAUAUAUAAUAAGAACGGCAAUCACAUUUUGGAGCUCAUGAAAAGGGUGCAGACAUUGUUCACAAAGUACUGGAAAGCAGCCGGAUUAGACAACAAACAAUCAGCAGCUGUUGCUGAGUCUUCUAACUUGAGGCACAACAAGCAGCAGAUAUGCAACCCACGGCCUCCACUUAUAAAUAUGGCUACCCUGUUGCCGCGAAACAAUGCUGGUUCUAACCAAGUAGCAGAGAAUGCAGCUGUCCCGAUCAGUUUGCAGCCUGGUGAACCUCAUCAGAGUUCUAGCAUACCGCAAACAUCUUCAGAGUCGGAACAGCCCGAGCCUGAUAUUGGCGCUCCUGAUGCGACAUUUAUUCCAAGGAAAUACCAAAUUCAAGGGAACACACGUUGCGAUAAACUAUUAAUGACAGUAGGACGUAUAAAAGUUGUCACCAAUGAGCUGGGGCAGCCUGUAGGUCCCGAGGCAUCCAAAUUAACCUGGUUUCUGGGCCGCACAGCGCGAGAUGGGAACUUGGCUCCCCUUAUUUAUCCUACUUGGAGAGAAGUGCCUGAAGAGAACAAGGAAAACAUGUGGCAGAAAGUUCUGUCAAAGUUUGAUAUUGACUCUGAUUGUCGGAGUUGGGUGCUUACGUCCCUUAAAAAUAAAUGGAAAAACUUUAAGUGUACUCUUAAGGCUACACGCUAUGACACUCAUAAAACUGAUAGGGAGCGGCUUGCCGACCGUGAUGUGAGGGUUCUUCCUGAUCAGUGGUCGUUUCUUGUUGCUAAGUGGAGCUCUGAGAAAUGGCAGAGUAUUAGUGCCAGAGCCAAGGCCAGUCGUGCAAAGGUAAAGUUCAACCAUACCUCAGGUACAAAAAGCUUUGCCAGAUUGCUAGAGGAAGAGAGGGCAAAAAGGCCUGAUGGGAAAGGACCCUCUGGGGCGGAACUAUUUAUAUUGACUCGUACACACAAGAAUGGUCAACCUGUGAACGAAGCAUCAGCUGCUGUAAUUUCCCAACUUUGUGAAUCUGGAACUCAAGGUGAUGUGCCCCUACCUGGAUCAAAUGGUGCCCCCUCUCUUCGUGGGAUUGCAAUUCCUACUCGUGCUGAUGCUUUGAGGAUGUUUAAGGAGAAGAAUGCAGAGGUUGCUGAAAUGCGGGAAAGACUUGCCUCAGUGGAGCAAACAUGCUCACAGAUGGCUGCUCAGAUGUCUACAAUGGUAUCAAUGAUGGCUAGCAUGCAGAAAAAUUUCCCUGCCGGGAGUUUUCCCAAUGCCGGUGCUUGCACUUCGGUUCCAAUGGGUAUGCCUAAUCAGUCUGAACCUGCGUCCACAUCUAGUCAUGAAGUUCCUUUGAAAAAGACUCGUGGAAGGAAAAAGAGGAGGUAGAAAAACGACCAAGGUAUCAGGAGACGCAAAUCUCAUGUGUAUCGUAGUGUUCAACUUUUGGUACGUUGUAGUUGACAAACCUUUUAGGCAACAAAAGAUAGCUUGAUACGACUUUGGGUCAAGUGGUCUGAGAUUUGACAAUCAUUUAUGUAGUCUUGUUGAUUAUCAUGUUAUCAGUGCGCUUUUUUUAUUUUCUAAUGCUUUUGAACAAAUGCUCAAUUAAAAUUUACCAUUACAAGUUAAGAGCAAACUAUAACAACUUUUUUGCCAUUCA